ACGCCUGCACAUAGACUAUGACCACCAAUAACGUUGCAUUUCCUUCAGCAUCCUCAAUGUCCUACCUUACUAGUGUAAAUGCUUCGCCAGUUACCCAAUCUUCCGCUCUCUCUGUAUCUCAUCAUGCUACAGCACUUGAAAUCUGCGAUAUUGUUUAUGGUCCAACUAUCCCUCCGUGGGACACGAUAGAACGAUUCUACGAACCCUCUGCGACUUACGAGAACCCAUUCCUUACCGCAACUUCGCGAGAUGUGAUCUCUGAUAUACACACUCUCGCGAGUCAACUUGCACAAGUGGACGUGCCCAAACCGGUAGCAGUCUUAUUUGCUCUCUUCGGAAUGGAGAGAAGAGGACGAUGGAAGGAUCCAUGGUUCCGAGCAGUUCAAGUCUGGAGUGAAGUAGGCGAUGUUUGCGAGAGCGAUAGUUUUGAUGGACAUCGUAAAACGAUUGUGGAGCAUACACUUCACAUUUUACUACUCCCUGGUUUACACUCCUCCUCCGCCUUUCAGCCGCCAACCCCCUAUACACCGGUGCGCUCUGCGACGCCACCGGAGCUAUCUGUAUAUCCGGUCGUUCCUGCGUUGCCAGAUGGCACCCAAUAUACCACUCUGGGACUGAACAUCAAUAUACCAUCGCCUCUACAUCUACGUCUUCCCAUGAUGACACGAUUGCUGUUUAACGAUGUCGGCCGCAUUACACACCAUCGAGAUUUUUGGGAUGUCAAAGACGUCUUGGGUCUCGUCCCGGGCAUGACGCUCACGCAGUGGAUUACAAGUCGCAUCUUUGCACAAGGCGUGAGAGGAGUUGUUGGAAUUGCGAAAUCUCUGUUCUCGACCCGCACUGCCCAUUCCACGGACUUAGUCAACAGCACCGGCGAGGAAGGGGAUCUCUCUCCGGCACAGGCAUACGCAAAGUCAGUCAAGGCGAGUAUUGGUCGUCGACGUUCUCUGGCAGGACCUGAGACUGUUGUCUCCGCAUCGUAUUGACACCAAGUUCACUGUUCACGAACAUUUCGGUGCUCGCUUCAGCGAAGCUCCUUCCCGUCCACUAAACCGAAUUCACAUGUCACACGAUCGUCCAUGCUUCUCUCAUUCCCGCCCAAUGGCACAACCGAUUUUCCUGAUGAACCUUGGACCUUCACCACUAUAUCCACACUUCGUCCCUUCAGUCGACCUAAUUUGGGUCACGAGCGCCGCUAUCCACCUGUGACAUAUGCAGUGCGCCCUCUAUGAACUGACCAUGUGGACCAUAACCGCAAUGUCCCAUGUCAUGUCCGCUAUCCUUGGACUCGAGGGGAUCUUAUCCCGCUUUUCGCGCAUGUGCAUCCAGCACGAAAAGCCCUAUCCUCCAGCGGUCCGCUCCUUUCGCGCACUCAUAAUCAUAUCUAUUCUCGAUACAUUCAAAGGGCCACAAGAUUCUCGUAUCGUAGCCUGCGGUGGGAAUAGGAUUCCCUCGCUGUCAUGACGGGCUCAUGCACAGCAAACACAUCAUCUCCUCUUCAAUUCAUAUAUAGUGGACUCGGGCUUGCUUCUUUAGUUCCAUGACGUGCCGGCGGCUUGUCAUGCACCACUGCAAUCAAGCGGCUGUAUUUAUCUUUAUCUGAAGACACAAUACCACAGCCAUGUAUCCUU